GGCGGGCGUGCAUACGUCUCGCGGUGCUUCGCGCACUGAUGAUGAUUGUUGUUGUUGUUGUUGCUGCUGAUGGUGCUGCUGAUUGUGCUGUUGCGGAUUUUGGCUGGCCAUUGUGUACGCGACAAAAGCAAAAGCAAAAGUACAGACAGACAGACAGACGCGCCUGUCUUCGUGGACUGGCUGUCCUCUCCGGCCGUCGGGGGAUAGGAUUCUGCGAUUGACUCGCGGCGGAUCAAUUGCGUCGGGUUGGCGUUAGAGUGAUCGGUCAAUAAGACUCAAAAAUGCGAUGCAGAUACUAGAAGAAUGAAAAACCCACAGAUCUGUGAUGCGGUGCAGCGGGACACGAACUUUGGAAAUGAAUGGGAUCGUUUUGGCUCAAGAACUGAAGACUGGGGAAGGUGAAGUCAGUUUGUUCCCCGCGAUCGAUCGCAAAGUUCCAAUUAAUCGCAGAAUUCCAUCUCGGGGUUAGUGCUGCGCGCUGUGUUCGUGCUGUAAAGAUGGUGGGAGAUUUCAAAUGCCAUACCCGGUAGCCACCUCAGGCGACCGAUUCUACCGACCUCGUACUAAUCAGAAAACCAUGGGCGAUCUACAGGUAUCCUUUAGAAGGUACCUCAGGUACUUACCUUGAAACGAGUGUUUCGAUACUCUCGGGAGCCUCGCCGUACACGAACGGCUGCAGAAGAUCGGAAGCAGGCUCGGGGCUUGUCAUUCAUUUACAAGUGAAGGACGAUGAUUCUUCAUCGAGAACUUCAGCUGGAGCUACUACUAUGGCCACAUUGCAAGCAUUUCCGAGUCUAACUCGGCCAGAAUUCGGUCAAGCUUGCAAAGCUCUCGAGGACCGGUGCGCAGAUGGAUUGGAUGGUACGGACUGGCUGAGUGUGCGAUGGACAGGGGAAGAGCUUCUGAUCAAACAGAACCGAAAGAUUCAAAGUCUACAGCAUCAGGAGAACAACAAUAACCCGAGCAAUGACCAAAACCCAAGUGAGGACGAUGUCGAACCCAUCGAAGACGCUGAAGCAUUUUCUGAAACUUUUGUUCCCCCCAAAGACCAGUGCCAGUCGCUGACUGUCGACUUCUCCAUAACCCUGUCUCCGACGUACUAUGUUCCCGUCCUUUGGUUUUCGUGCCAUACGCCUUCAUCGGGAGAUAAACCGCUUAGUAUCGAACAUGUGUACGAUUGGUUGGUGCCGCACAGGUUUCGCAUGUCUCUGGGAAAUGUCGGUGUCAUGGGCGGAAUCAGUAUGGCGCAUCAUCCUGUCUGGGAUCGACCGGCUUUCUUCAUCCAUCCAUGCAACACCCACGAGGCUCUCUCGGUGCUCCGCUCGAACAGUUCCCUGACCCCAGAAACAUACCUGGUCCUAUGGAUUGGCUUGGUCGGAUCGGCUGUCGGCCUCCAUGUCCCCAGUAGACUGGUAGGGGCAGAGUGAUCAUGAGGAUGGACGCCUCUCGGAUCAUGGAGUAGAUUGUUCGUCAGCUUUGACCCAAUGUGUGACCAACGUUCCAGUCCUGGAUGAUUCGAGCGACUCAUGUGCAUGGGGCCCGGGUCCCGCCUCGCGUCCGACUGGUAACAGCUUCCAUGCAGGAGUAAUCUGUCCUCAGAUGUAAAGCCAGUCGCUAGCAUUGCUCCGACAUCUCAAUCAUCGUCAUCCUCCUCCAUCGGAGCAUCGUCCUCAUCCUCUUCCAUAGGCACCUCAUUAUCAUCUUCCUCUUCCUCUUCACGGGGUCUCUUGGUUCCGUGAGCGGCGUUAUUGAUGUUCGUCUCCGUCGGCUUAACGCCGUUUUCCACCGCACUUCUGGGUAACUGUGACGGCGGAGCAUUGAAUAUCGACUUCUGUAACUGAGUGGUUUCAGGAAUAUUGGAGGAAGAGGUAGAAGGUGGCUCAAAGGUCCCUCGCAGUUUCGGAAUAAUCUGUGACUGGCCCUUUCCAUAGACAAUUACCUGCCAGCUCGUGUUAGUACACAUGUCCCAUAGUUGGGGCUAUUCCACGUGGCAGAGGGCCAUACCAUUUCUUU